AUGCUCCGUCUCGUGUUCGUCUCCGCUUGCAUUGCUUCCUCGUCUGCCUUCCUGUUCCCAAUGACCGGAGGAGGCGGCGGUGGUUGUGGAUGUGCCCCACCACCUCCACCACCGUGCUGUCCCCCACCGGCUCCGUCGUGCGGAUGCGCUCCACCUCCACCGCCACCACCGCCAAGCUGUGGAUGCGGAUGCGGUAGAAAGAAGAGGUAAGAGGGAUAGGGAGCAGGAAGAUCUGAUGGAUCUUUCUUCGAUUGUAGAUCAGCUGAGGAAGCGGACGCAGUCGAAGGCGUUCUCGACAUGGACAGUUCUAUGGAGUGCAACAGCGACGAACUGAAGCAGGUUCUGGAGCAGGUGAGUGGAAAACUGGAAAAACGAAAGCACUCAAAAGAUUCUUUUCAGAACAUGAAAUCCACUCCUUCGGACUCUUUGCUCUCCGUCCGUUCUUCGCUCCCAUCUGACGAUCACCUUGUCUCGUGCACUCACGGACUGACGGCUUAUUCCGCUCCCCCUGGAACUACUCAUUGCGCUGUUCGCAAGGAGAACCACUUCUGUCAAAUAUUCUCUCUUCACGAUCAUUAA